ACGCGGCUGGUUGUCCUCGGAUAAAAGCGAACCGAAUCCUCAAACUCUGAACCAAAGAGCCCAAAGACUCGUCAACUCGUUUUUCGUGAGUGUCGUCGCGUGUGCUGAGCAUAGAAACAGACAUAGAAACUGACAUAGAAAAUAGAGUGCUACCAAGUGUAUAAGAUGCUGGAGUUCUACCCAAUGCCCACGAAUCUGAAUCCAGUCGGUGGCGGCUUGUACUCGCUGCAGCAGAAUCAUGGCGGUGCCCGCUUCCUGGACAAUCCCAGCCAUGCUGGCGGUGGCAACACCUUGCAUCUGGCUAAUAGCAACAGCAAUGGCAACAGCAAUUUACCCACGAGCAUUUCCGGCAACAACAGUCCCACAAUGGCAACGGCUUCAUUAACGUUGCAGCAGCAACAGCAACAGCAGCAGCAGCAGCAGCAGCAGCAACACCAUCAUCAUCAGCAACACCAGCUACACCACGCAGCUUCGACCACGCCAGUGCCAAUUAACAGCUGCCCCACGCCCACAGGACACAGUCCAGGACACAGCCCCCUUGGCAGCAUCAGCAGCAACAAUAACAACAACAACAACAGCAACAGCAACCUCAACUCCGCCUGCAACACAUUAACAGCUGCUGCUGUUGCUGCUGCGGCCGCUGCUGCUGCUGGCUCUGGGGCAGCUGUUGGCUCUGUUGGGGCAGCUCCAUCGUCGGCAACAGCACCCGCAGUCGCCACCUCGCAAUUAGGCGGAGCAGUUGCUGCCGCAAUCGCUGCUGCUUCUGCUACUGCUACGACAACGACGGCCACACCGGCACCAGUGGCAACGGGAAGUGGAAGUGGCAAUGGCAAUGGCAAUGGGAACGGAAGUAGCAAUGGAUGCGGAGCUGCUGCAGCAACGGCCAACGCAGCAGCGGCGGCAUCGAAAUUGUCUGCCGAUUGUAGUGGACGCACAG